ACCUCGCCCAAACAGGUCGACAAUUUUUUUUAGCUUUCACCAUUUAUCAUCAUGAUUCUGCCACGUUUAUCGGUAGCUCUUACUUUAUUCCUCGUCGGCGUCGCAGUUUGUAGUCCUUACCCCAAACCGCAAGAGACCUCAACGCUGCAAUGCGGUAAAAACGAAUACUAUUCACCGUGUAAUUGUGGCCAAAAUACUUGCGCCGAGCCGCAGCUAACUCUCGUCAUCCGAUGCAUCCGGUGCCAGGAAGAGUGCGUCUGCAAAGACGGUUACGUCCGGAACGGGGGCAUUGGGGAUCCAUGCGUUCCGAUUGAUCUGUGUGCUCCAACUGGACCUUCCGGUUACUAGUGAGAAAUCGAAACUAAAAGCUGAGUGGCUUUCGAAGGUUACAAAAUAAAACGUCUGCUGCUCUUCACCUAUA